AUGACAGAUUCGACGAGUCCGACCAAACCGGUCCACACGAUUAUUCUCGAUGCUGGUCCCAUUCUGAAGAAUACCCCGCCUCUGUCCACACUGCUUGCGCAAUGCGAAGAACUCCUUAUCACUCCAUCUGUCGUCCGCGAAAUCCGUGACCCCGAUGCGCGCAUGCGAGUCGAGACGCUGUAUUUGCCAUUCUUGAAGCAGCGGACACCGUCACCAAAGAGUGUUAGUGUACUCAGCGAAUUCGCACGGAAAACCGGCGACAGGGCUGUGCUCAGUAAGACUGAUCUUGAGGUCCUUGCGCUUGCAUAUGAAGUAGAGUGCGAGAGGAACGGUGGUGAUUGGAGAUUGAGAAGUGUUCCCGGUCAGAAACAGGUGAACGGCAAACCUCCAGUGAAGGAGGAGAAGAAAGAGGAACAGCCUGAGCAGGCGGAAGCGGAGACGGGAGAGACAACCGAUACAGCAAACGCAGUAGAUGAAGCAGAAGUUGAUGCUGUCGCAGAGGAUUUGAGCAAAACAACACUCGAGACUGAUGACAAGGAGGUUAACGAGGAAACACCAUUGGCAGACUCCGCAGAAACUGCAGAAGCCGACGACAAAAUCGGAGACAAGGCAGAAGGCGAGGCGGAAGAUAGCGUUGAUGCGGAUCUUCAGGAUGAUGAUGAGGAUGGCUCCGACUCCGACUGUGGCUGGAUCACACCCUCCAAUCUCAAGAAGCGACAGGCCCAGGACGAAUCAAUCUCUGCGGCUGCAGCACCCGAACCGAAGAUCAUGCAGGUUGCAACCAUGACCACUGAUUUUGCGUGCCAAAACGUUCUGUUGCAAAUGAACCUCAACUUGUUGUCUACAACCACCCUCCAGAGAAUUCGUCAUCUUAAGUCCUUUAUCAAACGCUGUCACGCUUGUUUCUUCACGACCAAAGAUAUGACCAAACAGUUCUGCCCUCGCUGCGGUAGAGAUACUCUCACUCGUGUCUCUUGCAGUACCGAUGCGAACGGUCAGUUCAAGAUGCAUCUCAAGAAGAACAUGCAAUGGAACAACCGAGGCAACCGAUUCAGCGUUCCAAAGCCCAUGCACGGAAGUGCUAGCGGAAAAUGGAAAGGCGGUGGCGGCAAGGAUGGAUGGGGUACCGAGCUCAUCUUUGCUGAAGACCAGAAGGAAUAUGUCAGAGCCUCAACCGAAGAGAGUAGAAGACUCCGCAGGGAACGAGAUCUGAUGGAUGAAGACUACCUGCCGGGAAUUCUGACGGGUGAACGAAGCAAGCACGGCGGUAGACCCAAGGUUGGAGCUGGCAGGAAUGUGAACUCAAGACGGCGGUAA